UCUACUUCACUAAACGGACAACAAGAGGAACACUGCGUCUGAGGAAAUUAUCCACCUCAGAGGCUCCGUUUACAAGACCACCGCUGGCCUUUCAGGACCUUUGGCCCAGGAGUCAUGAAGCCCCGCAGCCCGAGCUGUGCAGAUUCAGAGUCGGAGUCAGACUCCAGAGACCCAGAGAAGUUUGAGAGUGCCAUGCGGCGGAGGAUGGCAGCCAACGCUCGAGAGAGGAAGAGGAUGCAGGGCCUGAACACCGCAUUCGACCGCCUCCGCAAAGUGGUUCCUCAGUGGGGUCAGGACAAGAAACUCUCCAAAUAUGAGACGCUGCAGAUGGCCCUGAGCUACAUUAUGGCCCUCAACCGAAUCCUGACUGAUGCCAGCAGACAGGCAGCUCCUCAGAAAGACUGGCUGAAUCUACAGUUUGACGACCUACAGCCAGAGACCUAUUCUUGCUUUAUGUGCUAUAACUCCCCUGUGGAAAAUGACUGUAUGCACUCCUCCUUCUCCUAUCACUACGAAAGCCUCUAAGCUCUCACUGACUGAUAAGCAAUGGUGCGUUCACUUGUAUCUUUCUUAACAUAGAUACAGCAGUCAGUAAAUGUGUUUGUAUUACUGUGUAAUAUUUGAUGUUUUUGGUUGUGGAAAUCAAAUGAUUAGCUUUAUUAGAGUCCGACUCGUUCUAGGAGUAGCGUUGCUUUAAUUAUUGCAAAAAAUGACAUGUUUUCUGUGCAAUUGUAGAAAAUAUUUCACCAGACGUUUCAUCACAUUUGUAAAUUCAGCUUUAAGUCACAUGUUUGAAUUUUGUUAUUGCUUUGUAUCAAAUCUGUGUGUAUAGUGUGUUCAAUCAAAGCUGCAAAAGCAUUCAAAAAAUAC